AUGACAAGUUUUAUAACGCUAAUCCCAUUAUGCUUAUUGGCACAAAACUCUCCACAAGACUAUCUUGAAGGUCACAAUAUUGCACGUGCAGAAGUUGGGAUUAAUCCUCUGUUGUGGGAUAAUGAGUUAGAAUCACAUGCCAACACGUUUUUGAGUAAACACAUUGUGGAUUGCCUUGAUAGGGUAUCUAUAUCCCCUCAUCCUAUGUACGGUCAAAACAUUUUGAGUGGUCCAUCCAAAAGCCUUACAGGAGCAUUUGCUGUGGCAAAGUGGGUGGCACAAAAACAAAAUUACGACUACAGAUCCAACACUUGCAUUGGUGGUAACCCUGCUAAUUGUGUUGCCUACACUCAAGUUGUUUCCAAGGCAUCUACUUAUGUAGGAUGUGCUAGAGCCAAUUGUCUUAAUGGAAGAACUCUUGUUACUUGUUACUAUCACCCUCCAGGCAACAUCUUAGGUCAUCGCCCCUACUAA